UAUAUAUAAAAUACCAUGACAGUUCAUUUGUUAUCAGAAUUAUUAGUGUUCAAAUUAUACAACAAUUUAAUUAAAAAAUGACAUUCCGCGCAAUUAUUUUUGUUGCUAUUGCAAUCGCUUCCUUGCAUCAAUUAGCCCAAGCUGCAAUUUUGAAAAAAGGGGACGGUCAGUUCGAACUUCGUCUUGGAAAUUGCAAUGAUGCUACAAUGGCUGACUUAGUAUUCCAAGACCACGUCCAUCUCACAAGAAUUCCCUUCGUUACUAGAAGUGCCGAAUCAUCAUGGCAUGGUAAUGAAAGAAUCAUCUGUAUUAUUGCAUUGAGUCAAAAAGAACAGUCCAAAGGAUCUACGGUUUCCAUCACCGCCGGAGGGAUCAAUCAACAUUUCGUCACGUUGAAAAUGAAAUCUGGAUCAAGUCAUGGCUUGGAAUACAACAUUCAGGUUUUCGGACGAAUGUGAAGAAUCGAACAUAUCAUCACCUACUACAUCAUUAUUACUACAAAUCCAGAUGCCAGAAAGCAUUUUGAAUGAGCUAAAUAUUGUACAAGGAGGUUUUGAAUAUUGAAAUACAUUCUGUUUCUACGUUAUUCUUUGCAGUGUCGCAACCAAUGAACCACUGAGUUAUAAUAAUAUAUAAACACUUAUAGAAUGUUUUUGGAUGUAUGAUAAAUUGAUAUUCGUCAUACAGGACGUAGUCAAAUUUCAAAAGCCUUCAAAAAUGUUGUAGAUUGAAUUCUCCAUGCGUGUUUUUCGUUAAAAGUCCACAAAUUUUUUAUGUUCUUUUUAUCGUAGAUCAAAAUUUCGAUCUUUUGAAUUCGUCG